AUGACAGACGUAACGUGUAACGAGAAGGCCGCUGAGACGAAUUGGCGGGUAUUGGUCCACUCCCUCCCCUGUGAGACCGAGACUACAAGAGAGCAACUUGAAUUGAGCUGGAUCAAAACCAUCCAAGUUGCCAUCAAGUGUCGACCUACGACAGCACGGGAGACCAGCACAGAGUGCAUCUCUAUUACGAGCGGUGGACACUUACGUCGUAUCUAG